UUUAUUAUAUUUAUUUCACCAAUUUCGUUUGCUUUCAGAAGUCUAUCUUCCUCGUUUGGGUUUCUAAUUCCUUCUUUUCUUUGAGAAACGAAGGAGAGGAAAAGAAAAUCUCUUCUUCGAUCGACUCUUCCUUCCUUUAGAUCCGAUUUCCGAUCGGAAAUCCCCGCCGUAGAAAACCCGACGGACAGGCGCCGCACCGCAUCGAACCGUAACCCCGUCCGUCUCGCAAGACCCCGCCAUGAAUCCUGAGUAUGACUAUUUGUUCAAGCUCUUGCUUAUUGGAGAUUCUGGUGUUGGGAAAUCAUGUCUUCUUUUGAGAUUUGCGGAUGAUUCAUAUCUGGAGAGUUACAUCAGCACCAUAGGUGUUGACUUUAAAAUACGCACUGUGGAACAGGAUGGGAAGACCAUUAAACUUCAGAUUUGGGACACUGCUGGGCAAGAGCGUUUCAGGACAAUCACUAGCAGCUACUACCGUGGUGCUCAUGGCAUUAUAGUGGUUUACGAUGUGACGGACCAGGAAAGCUUUAACAAUGUGAAGCAAUGGCUGAAUGAAAUUGACCGUUAUGCAAGCGAGAAUGUCAACAAGCUUCUGGUUGGAAACAAGUGCGAUCUCACUGACAAAAAAGUUGUCUCCUACGAGACAGCCAAGGCAUUUGCUGAUGAAAUUGGGAUCCCAUUCAUGGAAACGAGUGCAAAAAACUCUACUAAUGUAGAGCAGGCCUUCAUGGCGAUGACUGCUGACAUAAAGAACAGGAUGGCGAGCCAACCAACCAUGAACAAUGCCAGGCCCCCGACAGUGCAAAUCCGUGGCCAACCUGUAGCGCAGAAGACCAGCUGCUGCUCUUCUUAAGGGAAGUAGUAAUAAUUACAUCUGUUUGGCUCGUGUAAAACUAGCUCAAGUGAUUUGAUCUCUCCCCUCUUCUUAAAACUGUUACUGAAAUUCGAUUCUUUUCAACUAUAUUUGAUUUUAAAAAGCCUGUACAAAUCAGGAAUUAGGCUUAUAAUAGUAUUUUGGCUGAUUCUACUAUUGGUCUUGAACCA